AAAUUAAAAGUUUUGUGUAGCACAAACUCUCCUCUGACGAGCAUCAGGCGAAGGUGGUGGAGCGGGCAAAGUGCCUUCACAACGCUUCCCCAGUUUCUGAGUACGAAGACGGUGUGAGCGAGCGUGAGCGAGACCGGCAGGUGCUGGAGAGAGAACACACCCAGCGGAGCUAACAGAGCAGAUCCGACGGAGCUUUGUUCAGUAUGAGAGAAUCACACUUCAGGGACAACUUCUGGAGCACGGACCUGACCAGCACCAGCGGCUAUGAUAGCCUUAUCCAGCGCAUGAAUGAUGGGAGGAAGAGCUGUAAAGAGCUGGAAGAAUUUAUGAAGCAAAGGGCCAGCAUUGAGGAGCGCUACGGGAAGGAUUUGGUGUCUCUGUCAAAGAAAGUGUGCGGUCAGAACGAACUCAAUACACUGAAGAGAGCGUUUGAUGUCUUUAAACAACAGAUUGAGAACGUGGGAUUGUCCCACAUACAGCUGGCCAGCAACCUGCGGGAAGAGGUGAAGAAACUGGAAGAUUUCCGGGAAAAACAGAAGGAUGCACGGAAGAAAGUGGAACAUGUGAUGGAGAAUCUUCACAAACAGAAGUCAGCUUUUUACAAGAAAACCAUGGACUCCAAGAAGACGUACGAACAGAAAUGUAAAGACAAGGAUGAGGCUGAGCAGCAGAUGAACAGAAACACUGGAUUAACCAACGUUAAACAGAUAGAGAAGCUCCAAGCCAAAGCUCACCAGAGUAAGCAAGUGGCAGAUGAGGCUGAUCGAGUCUACUAUCAGAACGUUUCGAACCUAGAGAAGAUCCAGAAGGACUGGGAGACAGAGCACAUACGGACAUGUGAGAUGCUGGAACAGCAGGAUUGUGAGAGGAUCCACGGCCUGAGGAACACCAUGUGGGUCCAUUCCAACCUGCUGUCACAGGAGUGUGUGGCCAAUGACGAGACGUAUGAAGAGAUCCGGAAGGUUCUGGAACAGUGCAACAUCCAAAAGGACUUGGAAUUCUACGUAGACUUGAAGCGAACUGGCGACACACCCCCAGCUAUUAUCCCUUAUGAGAAUUAUUACAAUGCCCAGAGGGGGCUGAGUGGACCCCGGAAUUCCAACAACACAAGACGGAACCCCCUGCCAGUACCGCAGAAUGCAUAUGACGAGUCUCAAUAUGCAACGAUUGGAGACAGCUCCUACAGUUUAUUGCAGCACUAAUAAGUGUGUGAGUCGAGAACAAAGCGACAAAGGAAAAAUCUCCACCUCGAUUGACCUCCAGGAAGUCAAACCCCUCAUCUCCGGCUCCAGGUCUCCCCUUCCUCCAUCUGUCACUCGCCUUGUCCAGGCGAAGCCUCUGUGCCGUCCUCCCUCCAGGGUUGAUAUGGUCCCAUCAGAUCCCUUGGAAACUCACAUCAGUCUCUCCUCUAAGAACUGCGGCCAUUGACUAUAGGCGGCGCUGAUUGGAUGCUAAGGUGGUACUGCAGCGCCACCAGCAGGCUCACACCGGAAUUACAGAGACAACAGCAACAACUUAUACUGUAUUACACUUUUCCCUCGAGUAAUGUCUUGGACCCAGUAUCCUGUGACAGCCGAGCCAGGAGCGUCAAGUGCCUCGGGCGUUCUCUCAACUUGAAAGGCGCUGUAUAAAUGUAAAUUUGUAUUGCAAAUUAUAUUAACGCCUUAUAACGACUUCCCAAAACACUUCGCAGGACACACAACGAAGUUGUGUGGCUGUGACAGUACUUUGCGGGCAAAUAUACAUUUGAAUUGUACUGUAAAUUGUGUUGUAUUUCACGUUCCAGUAACGCUCCUUUUUGAAGAUGUCUUCUAUUCUCCAAUUUAACACUGCCAUGUGAAAAUUCUGAGCUUGUGUCUUUGUUCCUGAUUAUUUAAACACCUUCCUCGCCGGUCUCCCCAGCUCCAUCAUCCACAAAAUUCAGCUGAUCCCAAGCUCCGCCGCCCGCAUACGCACCCAUAGUAAACUCCGUACUCCCUUCACACCAGUUCUAGCCAGGCUUCGUGGGAUGUCUAUUGCCAAAAGGAUUGGUUUCAAGAUAGUUGCACUCGUUUUCAAUCUUUCACUCUUCAUAGAUUUUCAUAG